CAGCUCCUCCUCCCAUGUCUUGGGGUCGCGUCUUCGAUUUUAGAGCCUCUAUUUCCAUGUCGACUACGGCACCCGCUUGGCCAGCCCACAGGUCGAAAUGCAGCGCAUAUCGCUGUCGAGAAUACGGCAGCUCUCGCGUCUGCGUCCCACCCCCGCGUCUCCUUUCGCGCCUCGAUGGGUUUGCGCGGCAUGUGAGCGCCGCGGGGGUGUCUCGCGGCGCCUGGCCAGCACCUCGACCCCCACGACACCAGCAGAUGCGACCUCCCAGAAGCCCUACUACGUGACGACGCCAAUCUUCUACGUCAACGCCUCCCCCCACAUCGGCCACAUGUACACCAUGGUCCUCGCCGACGUCCUCAAGAGGUACCGCGUGCUCCGCGGGGAGCGGGCGCUCCUCUGCACCGGCACCGACGAACACGGCACCAAGAUCCAGCGCGCGGCCGCCCAGAACGACAUGGAGCCCAAGCAGCUCUGCGACGCCAACUCGGCCGUCUUCGCCGACCUCGCGCGCGCCUCCCAGGUGGACAACGACUUCUUCGUCCGCACCACCGACGAGGACCACAAGGACGCCGUGUGUUACUUCUGGGACACGCUCGUGCGCCGCGGCUACAUCUACGAGGACAAGCACGCGGGCUGGUACUGCGUCAGCGACGAGACCUUCUACCCCGAGUCCCUGAUCGAGAAGCGCAUGGACCCCGUGACGGGCAAGGUGUUCCUGGCCUCCAAGGAGAGCGGCGCCGCCGUCGAGUGGGUCGAGGAGAAGACGUACCAGUUCCGCAUGACGGCCCUCCGCGACCGCCUGCUGGACUUUUACAAGGAGAACCCGGACUGGGUCGUGCCGCUUUCGCGUAUGCGCGAGGUCGAGGACUGGGUCCGCAACAACCUCGAGGACCUCUCCGUCUCUCGGCCCGCGAGCCGGCUUAGAUGGGGCAUCCCCGUGCCCGACGACCCCAGCCAGACUAUCUACGUCUGGCUCGACGCCCUGGUCAACUACAUCACCAAGGCCGGCUACCCGGGCUGGGCUCCUGGGCGUGAGAGCGAGGGCGGCUGGCCGGCAGACGUGCACGUCGUUGGAAAGGACAUUGUGCGCUUUCACUGCAUCUACUGGCCUGCGCUGCUCAUGGCUGCGGACCUGCCGCUGCCCCGCAAGGUGCUCACGCACGGCCACUGGACGCUUGGCAACCGCAAGAUGUCCAAGUCGGUGGGGAACGUGGUCAACCCCUUUCUCGCCAUGGACCGGUUCGGUGUCGACGCCGUCCGCUACUUCCUCAUGUCGCCAGCCAACAUUAGCGACGACGCCGACUACGGCAACGAGCUUGUGGUGGACAAGUACAAGAAGCAGCUCCAGUCAGGACUGGGGAACCUGCUCGGCCGCGUGACCCGGUCCAAGUGCUGGAACGUCUCCGAAACGGUCGCUCGCGCCUGUGCGCAUCCGGCCGUCUACCAGCUGCCGUCGCAACACCAAAUUUUGACAGCGCUCCCUGUGGCCGUGGAGAAGCACUUUGAGCAGCCGGAGCCGGAGCGGGCUCUGCGUGAGAUUAUGAGCAUCGUCGUGCAGACCAACAAAUUCAUCACAGACAUGGCCCCCUGGGAGUUGGUCAAACACCCGGACGGCGCGGACAAGCAGAAGCAGAUGACUGCAACCAUCUUUUACUGCGCCGAGGCGCUAAGGAUCUCGGGCAUCCUACUGCAGCCAUUCAUGCCAACCAAGGCCGCCGAGCUCCUGGACAUCUUGGGCGUGCACGAGACCCGACGGACGUGGGCUUACACCAAUGUCGGGGCCGACUCGGAGUAUGGCGCCCCGUUCCGGCACCCUGGUGGGGGUGCCUUUGAAGGCCUUUUUCCGCCGCUGCCAGUGGCGUCGUGAGAUUUGAGGGUGUUGUUGCUCUGGCCGCUGGCUUGUAAGAAUAGAGCCAAACGAGAAGCGAUAGACGUGAUGCAAGGGACAUGAAAUAAUGACUGCAAAAAUGUGGCGUGUAGAUAUAAUAAACGCUGGUCAUAUCUCAUGUGUAAAAAGUCCGUAGUGGGAUCAGUGUCGAGCUUGGCUCUAAUAAUGGGCCAAUGGCAAGGGAUUUCUGUCAUGAUAAACUGUUUUGGCUUUGACUCUUUGCCAACAGCCAGACCCCGCAGCACCUUCCAGCUCAAGCUCGCAAUGAGGCUCAACGAGAGCACAGCCAUCUCCACGGCCCACGUCCUGCUGGUGCCCUACGACCGGCGCCAUGUCCUGACGUACCACCAGUGGAUGGAAGACCCGGCGAUCCGAGAAGCCACCGCCUCGGACCGCCUCACGCUCGACGCCGAGUACGAGAACCAGGCGUCGUGGCGGGCCUCGCACGACAAGCUCACCUUUAUCAUCUGCCAGCCCACCACCACCACCACCGCCGCACCCGCCGGCCACGUGCGGUCCGGCGAGGCCGACGCGCCCGCGCGCAUGGUCGGUGACGUCAACCUGUUCCUCUACCCUUACGACGACGACGACGACGAGGAUGACGGCGGCCGCGAGGACGAAGGGCAGGCAGCAGUAGCAGCGGAGGAGAAGCCGCCGCCGGCCUACGUGGCCGAGAUCGACGUCAUGGUCGCCGCGCCGCAGCACCGGGGCAAAGGCGUGGGCGGCGCGGCCGUGGCGGCGCUGCUGCGCUACGUGCGGCGGAACCUGGACGGCAUCCUGGGGGAGCUGCAGCAGCAGCAGCACCUGCGGGGGUCGUCGUCGUCGUCGUCGGGCAUGGCUUCUGCUGCUGCUGCUGCUGCUGCUGCCGCUACUACCAUCGACGAAACAACAGCAUCAUCAUCAUCGUCGCUCAGGCUCUUCAUGGCCAAGAUCAAGGCCGACAACGGCGCCAGCAUCGCGCUCUUCAGGCGCCUGGGCUUCGAGCAGGUCGGGCCCGUCAACUACUUUGGCGAGGUCAAGAUGGUGCUGCGCGACGUCGACGGCGCCGCGGCUGCGGGGGGGCCUCCUCCCCCGCCCGGCUACCGGGAGCUCGAGUACCGUCGGAGUUCGGAGGGUGAUGCAUGAUGGAUGAGGCCAAGUACAUCUGGUCCAUGUCAUUUUGAAUCUAAUGUCUAAACUAGAAUACCAAUCAUGCUCUCUGCAAGACCCCCUUGCGAAUUCGCCCCAACGCCAAAAGCUCUGCUCAAAACCCAAGGACAAAUAAAGUGGGAAAAAAGGUCCAAAACAAAAACAACUGCUCAGUCUGCCAAAGUUCUAUCGCUAGUGUCGGGUUAAAAAAAAAAAGGAAAGACGAGACGAAAAAAAGAGUGCCACUUAGACACCAAACUGGGCCUUGUACUUGAGCAGCAUGUCAAGCGUCGUGUGCGAUCCGCCGCAGACGAUGAGCACGACGUUGCGGGCGGCCCACUCGGCGUCGCCGAGCCCCUUGCCGAGGUGCCUGCGCAGGUCGCCGUUGUACGCGACCGAGACGGUGGCGCCGCACGACACCUCGACGAGCAGGCGGGCGUCGUCGAGGAAGCGCGCCGACCCCAUGACGGCCUCGGCGUCGCUCACCACGGCCGAC